CUGAGUCCAUCAGGCUAAAGUCGCUCUGUUCCUUCUUUUGAAUAGCAAAGCGAAAUCUUUCAAGCAAAAUGAGAUGGCGCGACGUUGCACUGCGCAGGCGCCGCCGCCACCCUCCUGCGCCACCAUCCUGCCGGCAGUUCUGCAGCAUUUCGGCAGCCUCGGUAGCUCCUUCAGCGGACUCUUAUCCUGCCCCACCAGUGCGUCCUCCGCCACGCGGAUUUCCCACUGCGCCUCCACCCUACUCUUACGGUGGACCACCUGCGAACAAGACAGCACAUCGUCAAAACAACGACAAAACGGCGUCAACCCCCACCCCUCCCACAACCAGCAACAGCCACGCAGCCACCAAACUCGCCCUCCACACCCUCAGCGCGCUCCGUAAAACCGGUAAGAGGGACGUGGAAAAGACCCGGAUCGCGUGUCAGACGCUUUCCGCAAAUCUGCGCUGCUUGUCGGGCGGCGAAGUGCAGACGGUGUGCUCCUUCUAUCGUGAGAAAAAAGUGUUACAGUUACACAUUCUCAUGCAAGGCAAGCAAGACAGGCAACCUCUGUCAUGCAGGAAACGCGUGCCAGCCUUAUUCCAUUAGUGUUUUCCCUUAUAGUCUGCGCAUUACAAGUUUUUCUUUGCCAUGCAGCGAAUUUGUGAUGCUGAAAUUCCGACAAAUGUGUACCAAACUGUAACACUUUUUUCCUUGGAUACCUUCCUCGCGAGAAAUAAUGUUGCGGUGCCGGACGGCGCGUUCUUCGUCCUACAGGUGUUGCAGGACGACUGCAACAUUUUGCCCGCCUUUCCGGAUUUCGCACUCUGCAACGUCUUAAACGCAGCAGUGCGGUUGAAGUUGCAUAAGACAACAAGAACGCUGCAAGACGAACCUCCACAUGAACCUCUACACCAAAAUCAAGAUGAAGCAGUUGGGUGUAGAACUAGAAGGGGGCAAGAACAUCAUUCCCCGCCAAACCGCGAGGCAGAUACAGAUCAGCGAAAAUCCCAGCAGGAGCUGGCGCUGCACUGUAGAAACGUCACCAAGCCAGCCGGUAUCUCCGAGUUGCUGCGGUUGAUGGACAGAAAACUGGAUUUUCCCACGCUCUCGGUGACAGAUCUAGCGGUUUUGGUUUUCGCGCUGGGGAAAUUGGAGCUGCCGACUACGGUCCCUGCAACAUCGCGUGCGUGUGCUGAACCGGUGCCGGUAAGAAGAAGUAGAGGACUUCUACAACAGGAUGAUAAAAACUCCGAUAACUACAACUCAACCGAAAUAACAUUGGUGAAUAUCCUCGCCUCUCUGUGGCAGAAGUCCGCGAUCGCGAUUUUGAACCAGAGUUGCAUUCCCGUGGAGUCCUGCGGAAUCAUUUUGAACUCAUACUCCGCUAUCCCAACGGCGAUACUACUUGUGUCAUCAACUACUACACGAGCCUCAUUAUCAUUAUCACCUUCUACUCUGCCAAAUCUCCGGGACGCUCUGUUCGACCACAUCGCGAAACAAUAUGGCGUUCUCAAAUGUUACACUCUCAACUGCUGCAUGAAUUUGUAAUGCAAGAACGGCAGAAGUGAAAGGGGGAAGAUUGCGCCUUUUGCAUUACAGAUUUGGCGCGGAUUUAAAUGCUGUUUAGCCCUUCGGAGAUUUGUCAUGCGAAGCAGUUUAAUCGGGGCGAUUUUGCUGGUAAAUUUGCAUGACAAAUCAUGUGACAGUUGAGAAUGUAUUAACGUUUGAGAGCGCCAUAAACAAAUUUUGACCGCGAAGCAGGACAGCCUGGCACAGUACCCGAGCACGGUAACUCUGGCAAUGAACGCUUUUACCAGGAUAUUCCACGAAAAAACUGUUUCACUGUGAUGGUUUUGCAAGAUCCGCAUCACAAGUUUGCUUACACAUGACACAGAAAAUUUGCCAUGCGCGCUUUCCAAGGGAAAACACGCUUAAAAAUCCGAUGCCUUGCAGGUGUAGCAAGACAAAUAGUUAUUUGUUCCAUUCUAUGCAUCACAAGUUCACAGUGAAACAGUUUUUUCUUGCGAUACAGGAUUGCGAAAGUAGACUACACAGGAAGGAUUGAGGAUGCUCAUGUGCCGACGAAGACCUCCCAGGAGGAGGACGGAGAGGAAAGAAAACUCCUCGUUCCUGAUGCUGCAGCCGCACAGCUCGAGGGCGGUAAAACUUCUUCCACAGUGAGCCUAAACACGGGCCGCGUGCUCCAAGUCCUCGCGAAUGUGUUGUGCACGGUCAUGAAAAACAAAGCAGAUCAUGAAGCGGUUGCAAGUCCCGGAGCGGAUGCCUCGUCUGCUGGGAGGACCUCUAGUCGCACUAGUUGCACUACGACGACGAGUAGUGCGACGAGCAGUAGAACCGGGGGUUCAUUACGUCACGGUAGUGACGUUCACAAGCCGAAAGACCGACGCGCGCACAAAAACAGCAAGCUCCUCCUAAUCAACCUUGGCCAGGCGGUGCACAGUUUGGCAAAGUGCGAAGUCUUUCACUCGGAAUUGCUCCAUUUGGUGGAGGAAAAACUGUUGACGCAUUUGACGGCGACGUCCGCAGGUGAAUUGCACGAUUACCAGUCACAGACACAGCAAAACGCAGAAGAAAAAGAUAACACACUGGGCGUGAAAGAAACGGCCAAUUUUCUCUGGUCCUUCCACAAGCUUCGGAGUGGGGGCGAUGCGCUGUUCGCGAAACUCUUUCUAAAGUUUCACUCUUUGGAAGAAAAUUGGGACCCGCAAUCGGUCGCGCAGGCUAUCGAUGUGUGGAGCCGAAGGAACUGUGGGAAUGGUACAACUAGCAGCACUUCUUCUUCACGAGGAGGACAAUUCAUUCGUGCUUGCGCGGAGCAUGCAGGAUCAGGAGGAACCAGCGAAGAGGGCGUGGGCGGUGUUGUUUGUAAUGCGAAUCUGCAUCGAGGAGAACAUCAAGAUCAACUCGAGGCGUCGUUCUGGACCUAUUGCGAAAACCACAUCGAAGAGUUCAAUGCGGUUGCUGGAUUGCAGGCUGUCACCGGGCUACUGACUUUGAAAAAGAACACGACGACAAGGACGACCAGUGGUCACCACCCGGCAAUGGCGGAGGAGAACAGAAAUAAAAGUGCUUUGGUUCUUACCACGUUGGUGACAGCAGUGCUGGAGAAGUCGGCGGGAAUGAAAUUAGUGUCAUCUUCCGGUUGUAAUGAUGUUGAACAAAUAGAAGGCGCGUCACCUUUGCGGUUUCUGGAAUACAACUUGUUGAAAGGUUUUAUCGAAGUUUACGGGGCGGAGAAAUUAGUUGGAGUUGUAGCGGAAACUGGAAAUAAAGCAACGACGACGUCCGCUAGAGGUUGUAAUGCAUCAUCUUCCGCACACUUAUACCUCUUCACCCAUUUGACCUCCGCAACUGCGCGGGCGCACGCUGCUUAUGUCUGGAAAAUGAUGGAGGGGUCUUGUGGCAAUGAUAAUGAAUUCAUUUGAGAGAUAAAAAUCCGAACAUGCAGAUCGAUGAUGUUGUCCUUGAAGAUGAGGACCACUUCUUAACUCGACGGUUUGAAUAUCAUAUCACGAGGUGUCAAGCACAUCAUGAAGCGAUCGCCUGAAUAAAGAUAAACUAAAUGCAUAUAGAAUGAAAUAAAAGUCACGGUCGGUCGUGUCUCCUUUUUUUGUGUACGAUGCGAUAGUGCAAUUGCUAGGGACAACGCCGAGUCAAAAAUGCACCAGUACUACGACGCUCAGAUUUAUAAUUCGGUUGUUUUUGUCUGUGCUACAACCGAACGACUUGAUAUUAGCCGCUCGCUGAGCAGACCUACGCACGAG